UAACAAGUACAAUAAUAGACUUGAGAUCUUUGGGGAUUUUAGGCAGUAACCACCGAGAGCAAAUGUCGCUGAUGUUGUAGAUAUUCAGGAAACAACGGCGUUACUCCUGGCUGCUGGCAUUUUGUUCAAACCAGGCCUUACUUGGUUUGCUAGUGUAAAUUCGGGCUAACUUCAGCCUCACUUUGCCUUGGCGCUAUAGCUAGCUGGUUACCAAGUUUGACACAACUGAAGCCGAAGAAUCUGCUUUAAAGCUUUUUAAGCCAUCCAGAAAAUAAACAGAGUGGACGAGUGUCAUUGAUAUCAAAGGACUGGUGCUCAUAAACCGCUUCAGUGUUCGGACAUGACUUCCUCGCCUCUACUGCGGCUUCUGUUCGGCGCCGGGCCGCUGCUGCUCCUUGUCUUAGGCUCGGUUGUGGGAUCUAACACGACCGUCCCGCUCGUUAUGUGGCACGGCAUGGGGGACAGUUGUUGCAACCCACUGAGUAUGGGUGCAAUUAAGAAGAUGAUUGAGAAGGAGGUUCCCGGAGUGUAUGUUUUAUCACUGAUGAUUGGCAAAUCCAUCUCGGAGGACACAGAGAACAGCUUCUUCAUGGACGUGAAUGCACAAGUGUCUUUCGUCUGUGACAAGCUGGCCCGGGACCCCAAACUUAAAGGGGGUUACAACGCCAUGGGUUUCUCCCAGGGGGGGCAGUUUUUGAGGGCGGUGGCUCAGCGUUGCCCAUCCCCGCCUAUGAAGACCCUGAUCUCUGUCGGGGGGCAGCAUCAAGGAGUGUACGGCCUACCCCGCUGUCCAGGAGAGAGUUCACACAUUUGUGACUGGAUCCGCAAGCAGCUUAACUCUGGGGCCUACAGCGACUUUGUGCAGAAACAUCUUGUGCAGGCGCAGUACUGGCAUGACCCCCUUAACGAAGAGCUGUACAAAACACACAGCCUUUUCCUUGCUGAUAUCAACCAGGAGCGGGCAGUGAACGAGUCCUAUAAGAAGAAUCUCCAGUCUUUGGAAAAGUUUGUGAUGGUCAAGUUCCUGAAGGACACCAUUGUUGACCCUGUGGAAACAGAGUGGUUUGGGUUCCUGAAGCCAGGUCAAGCCAAGGAGACUGAGACUCUUCAGGAAAGCGCUCUGUAUAAAGAGGAUCGUCUGGGGCUUGCGGAGAUGGACAAGGCAGGGAAGCUGGUGUUCCUGUCCUCAGAUGGGGAUCACCUGCAGUUCACAAGGGAGUGGUUUAAUGCCAAGCUACUGCCUUACCUGCGAUGAACUUACACACACAAUGUGGACAUUCUUGGGCCCACAAGCAAACGCGCACAAAAUCAGCUUCCAACAACGAUACACUGUAGGGUAUGUAUGCACUCCUAACCAGCCUGACUCAUCGUUACCUUAAUUUACAGUGAAUUCAAAGAUCAUUGCCAUUGCUCUCCUGUUUACUUGCUGUAAUCAGUCAUUGCUUAAAUGCACAGAACCUGUCUGCCUUUGUGGGCAUAUAACUCUUUUUUACUCUGUCUGUUGUACUGAAGAAUAAAUUUGAGAUUUUAAUUCAGCUCUUCCCAGAACAAUUAAAACCAGAAGACUGGCACAGCAAGAUGUGAAUGGACUAAAUGCAUUGACUUUAAAUCUUAGUUUUGUAUGUUUUUUGGAAAUGGAAAUAAAAUUGUACUGAAAUGUC